AUGAGCAAGAUCAGUGACAUCGUGAACCAGGCACGUGAGGCCUUUAACACAGGCAAGACUCGCCCGCUGCAGUUCCGAAUCCAGCAACUGGAGGCGCUGCGGCGCAUGAUCACCGAGCGCCAACCGGACAUCACAGCUGCGUUGGCCUCUGAUCUGCACAAGAAUGAAUGGACCGCCUACAAUGAAGAGUUGGUACAUGUGCUGGAGGAGAUUGACACCACAAUUAAGAAACUCCCAGAGUGGGCUGAGGAUGCGCCUGUGGAAAAGACUCAGCAGACCCAGCAGGAUGAAUCCUACAUCCACUUCGAGCCCCUGGGCGUGGUCCUUGUCAUAGGUGCUUGGAACUACCCCUUCAAUCUCACCAUCCAGCCCAUGGUGGGUGCCAUUGCUGCAGGAAAUGCAGUAGUCCUCAAGCCCUCAGAAGUGAGUGAGAACACAGCAGACCUGCUAGCCACACUUGUCCCUCAGUACCUGGAUAAGGAUCUGUACCCAGUGAUCAAAGGGGAUGUCCCUAUAACCACGGAGGUGCUUGCACAGAGGUUUGACCACAUCAUGUACACUGGGAGCACGGCUGUGGGGAAGAUUGUCAUGGCGGCCGCGGCCCUGGAGCUUGGAGGAAAGAGCCCUUGCUAUGUGGACAAGGACUGUGAUCUGGAUGUGGCCUGCAGGCGCAUUGCCUGGGGAAAAUUUAUGAACAGUGGCCAGACCUGUGUGGCCCCAGACUACAUUCUCUGUGACCCCUCCAUUCAAAGCCAAAUUGUGGAGAAGCUCAAAAAGUCACUAAAGGAUUUCUAUGGGGAAGAUGCUAAGCAGUCCCGUGAUUAUGGGAGAAUCGUCAAUGACCGUCACUUCCAGCGCGUCAUACGCCUGAUUGAGGGCCAGAAAGUGGCCCAUGGAGGCACCUGGGAUGCAGCUUCACGAUACAUAGCUCCCACCAUUCUCGUGGAUGUGGACCCCCAGUCCCAGGUGAUGCAGGAGGAGAUCUUUGGGCCAGUGAUGCCCAUCGUGAGUGUUCAAAGCUUGGAGGAGGCCAUUAAGUUCAUCAACCAGCGUGAGAAGCCCCUGGCACUCUACGUGUUCUCUAACAACAACAAGGUGAUCAAGAAAAUGAUUGCAGAGACAUCGAGUGGCGGAGGGACAGCCAAUGAUGUCAUUGUUCACAUCACUGUGCCUACUUUGCCCUUCGGGGGUGUAGGGAACAGUGGCAUGGGGGCCUACCAUGGCAAGAAAAGCUUCAAGACCUUCUCCCACUCCCGCUCUUGCCUGGUAAAGGCUCUACUGUAUGAAAGAAUCCUCAGGAACAGGUACCCCCCAAGCCCAGCCAAGAUGUCCCAGCACUGA